CUGUGUUAGAGCGAGAGAGACGGCAGGGCACGCUCUACAGGAACCAGACCGCAGCAUUGUGACCGCCCGUCAGCUUCCACACACUGACCAUGACCGGCUUUAGCUGAUACGCACCAAGCCCCAGGUUGACCCCAGUCAGGGUGAACGUCUGCACGGAGGUCCAUGCACUGGUUUUAUUUAAUGCUAAUUUAUUUCGGAUUUCCCCUCCGGAGAGACGCGCAGGUGUUCUAACUUUUGCCACAGACACCCAAGGGAAAUGACUUUUCUCUUAAAGAUGGAGGCGAGUCCUGUACUCCUUUGCGGCUACUUGUUGCUGAGGAUAGUCGUGGCUGACUUCACACUGGACAAUGAGGUCCACUCAAGCUUCAUCCAAAGGCGUUUGCGAAGUCAGGAACGCAGGGAGAUGCAGAGGGAGAUCUUGUCUAUUCUGGGACUUCCGCACAGACCGAGACCUCAUUUGUACGGGAAGCAAAACUCUGCCCCGAUGUUCAUGCUGGAUUUAUACAAUGCAAUGACAGUGGAGGAAGAGGAGGCUGAAGGAUUUUCUUACCCUUAUAAACCCAUCUUCACCACGCAGGGGCCACCACUGGCCUUUCAGCAAGACAGCAACUUCCUCAACGACGCAGAUAUGGUCAUGAGCUUUGUCAAUCUAGUGGAGCAUGACAAGGAAUUCUAUCACCAGAGGCGCCAUCACCGCGAGUUCCGCUUUGACCUCGCCAAAAUCCCAGAGGGAGAAGCCGUGACGGCCGCCGAGUUUCGGAUUUACAAGGAUUACAUCCGAGAGCGCUUCGAUAACGAGACGUUCCGGAUCAGUGUGUACCAAGUUCUGCAGGAGCACCCGGGGAGGGAUUCGGACCUAUUCCAACUCGACUCAAGAACCAUUUGGGCCGCAGAAGAGGGUUGGCUGGUUUUUGAUAUCACAGCGACCAGUAAUCACUGGGUGGUGAAUCCACAACACAACCUUGGCCUUCAGCUGUCUGUAGAGAGCUCGGACGGGCAAAGCAUUAACCCCAAACUGGCUGGUUUAAUCGGAACGAAUGGACCGCACAAUAAGCAGCCCUUCAUGGUGGCGUUCUUCAAGGCCACGGAGAUCCACCUGCGCAGCAUCAGAUCAGCGGGUGGCAAGCAGAGGAACCAGAACAGGUCCAAAGCCCCGAAGAGCCAGGAGGCGCUGCGGGUGGCCAACAUUGCAGAAAAUAGCAGCACAGACCAGAAACAGGCGUGCAAGAAACACGAGCUGUACGUCAGCUUCCGGGACCUCGGCUGGCAGGACUGGAUCAUCGCCCCCGAGGGAUACGCUGCAUAUUACUGCGAAGGAGAAUGUGCCUUCCCGCUGAACUCCUACAUGAAUGCGACAAACCAUGCGAUUGUGCAGACUCUGGUGCAUUUCAUAAACCCAGACACCGUACCAAAACCCUGCUGCGCUCCCACUCAGCUCAACGCCAUCUCCGUCCUCUACUUCGACGACAGCUCCAACGUCAUACUCAAGAAAUACAGAAACAUGGUCGUCAGGACCUGCGGCUGCCACUGAUUCGCAGAAAACCGCUUUAUCAUCCAACUUCAUUCUUCACAGUGACCAAAACUGCCAUAUUUCAGGUGCAGCCCCCGUAGAGU